AUGACAGGGGCAGGAUGCUCGAAACUAGAUGUUCUCCCAGCGUUGCACGAUGGGACUAGCUUGACGGAUCGGGAGAUUGAGCAGCUCCUGCUUGAAGCUGAAGACCGGUUGCGCUGUCCUGACAUCAACAUCAGAGAAGGGUCUAAAUCAGUUGAGAUCCCGGCUAAACUUCCUCAAACAUCAAACCUUUCAGGCGGUUCAGUCGUCGAGCCGUAUGUGCGUGCACAGGCUGACCUUGCGUUGGUCGACACUGGCAAGUUAUUACCCCAUGCAGUCGCCAACGCUUUGCAAACUCCACAGUCGAGCCGACUCGCAGAAUCAACUAAGUAUAAGACGAAACCUACGGCAGGCAAGGAUUGGUUCAACCUUCCCAAGACCGAACUCACGGCAGAGCUAAGAAGAGACCUCCAACUUCUUCGGAUGCGCUCAGUCUUGGAUCCCAAAAGGCAUUAUAAAAAAGAAAACGGCAAAUCACAGAUUCCCACAUACUCUCAAAUCGGUACUGUCGUCGAAGGACCCACCGAGUUCUUCAGCGGUCGUAUCGCGAAAAGGGACCGAAAGAAGACAUUCGUGGAUGAAGCAUUGGCAAUCGAGAAGGAGUCGAAACGCUUUGAGGCUAAUUAUAGGAAUAUCCAGAGCGCUAAACAAAGUGGUAAGAAGGCAUUCUACAAAAACUUGCGCUCGAAAAGAAAUUUUAGAGGGAAGUAGCAUGGUUUGGUGGCUUCACGCUACCUGCUCAUCUGAAGGGUAACUCGUGGCUAUUGUAUACUUGAUAUUACUCCAGGCUUAUCAGUCUAGGAGUUGGCUCGAGUUUUCUAGUGCG